AUCAAUAGUUUUAGGUAUCAUUUUUAGAUUACGAAUUACAGUUAUCAUUUAGAUUACGAACUAUGCGCGUUUGCACAUGCGCGUUGCCCUUAGUCACAAAGCGUGCUUCAAUCAAAGCUGAGAUGCGCAAAAUGAAUACAAGUUCAUUGAAAGAUGUUUACGUUUUUCUAACCUACAAAUUUUCGAUAAACACCAAAUAAUCUAUUACGCAUGGAAAGUUAAUAUACAGUUUUUUAAAUAUUUAUUUAAAAAGUUUCAAAAUGAUGGAUAAUACCCCAAUUUUAAAACGACCUAAGCCGACUGAUAGCGAAGAAGAAUUAUUUCGAAUGCAAGAAGAAUUUUUGAAGAAUAAACAACAACCUUCUGCGAAAGUAAUUAAUUUACGAGGAACAAAAUUUUUAGGUUCUAAUUCUACUGAAAUAGCUAAAAAUCAGAUUUCUACUGGUAAAGUAAGAUCAAAAUUUUCUGAACUAAAGAGACUUAAGACACAAGAUAGAGUUUCCACUUCACAAAUUGGUGGUGAUGUUAUAAAUCCUGUAAUUAAAGAUGAAACUGAAAAAAGGUUGAAAGAUGGACCACAGGAAUAUGUUCAAAAUGUUCCAAUAUCACCAUGCAAUAUAAUAUUAGGAAAUAUUAUUGAAAAAAAAUAUGAUACAAACAAAUAUGAAUUUGACAAACAACAACCUUUUCAUUUAGACUCAGGUUUUCCUGAAGUUUUUAGUUCUUCACACAUGAUGAGUAAUGAUAAUCAAAGCUUAUUUUGGCAACAAAUUUCUUCUAAAGAACAUAUUACUAAUAAAAUAGAAAAACCUGAAUUCUCAGAAUCUGUAAAUAAUGUUGAUAACAGUGUUGUUAUAGAUGGAUCAUGGGCACUUGAGAUACAUAAAGAAAAUUUAGAACGAUUAAAUCAAAUGAGUCGAGAAGAAAUAUUGAAAGAGAAAAGUAAACUUGAAAUGACUCUUAAACCAGAGUUAAUACAAUUUUUAAAAGAUAGAAGAAAUAAAAAACAAAAAAUGAAUAAAAAUCAACAAGAGCAUGAAAAUUUACAUGUCCCUAUGGAAGAUGAAAAUACAACAUCUACAAAUGAAAGGAAAAUAAUUUCAGAAGCUUCUGAUAAAGUUAAUGAUGAUUCAUUCAAAAAUGAAGGUAUUAUGCCAAUGCAAGUAGAUAAACCAGAACAAAGUAUACCUAAACCUUCUAUGGAAUUGAUGGUACAAGCUAAAGAAAAAGGUUGGGUGCAUAUGGACUCUUUGGAACCUGAAAAAUUGAAAUGGAUGGAAGAUUUAUCUAUGGAGAAAAAGGAUGAUCCUGCUCCAGAUGAACCAUAUAAUGCUCGUUUUGACUUUAAUGGUUUAUUGUUAGCAUACAAGGAUGAAAGUGUGUCAGUUGUAAAAGGUCUUCAUCAUCAUGGAGAAGAACCUGAUCGUCCAGGUUAUUCUCUACAAGAAUUAUUACAACUAAGUCGAUCAUCUGCACAACAACAGCGUUGCACAGCUCUUACAACAAUAGCAAAUAUUAUAGAAAAAAGUCAUAAAGGGUGGUAUGACAAAGUAUUACAACCAGCUCCACUGACUACACUGAGUCAAAGAAAUCUUCUACUAUUACUAAGAUUUUCCUUGGAUGAUACUUCAACAGCUGUAGUUACAGCAACUUUACAAGCACUUAGAUCUUUCUUAUAUAGUGAAGCAGAUGAAGUCUGUUUGGAUAGAUUAUAUGGUUUCCAAAACUAUAAAGAACCUAUAUUGUCAGUCCCAAAAACUGAUGUUACUGAUAUAAGUAAUUUAAAAGAUCACGAGCUGGCACAAUUAGAUGCGAUUGCUGCUUUGUUGAGAACAGAUAUACUUUUAAGGAUUAGAUAUAUUUUAAGUGAAUUACGGCCACCACCUGUUGGAGUAACGUGUGCGUUAGAGAUAUUAGUUAGACUUGUAAGACAUUCACAUAUUACUGCAUUAAAUAUUACAAAUACCCCAUAUUUAUUAGAAACCAUAAUUGAACACUUUAUACCAUUAUCUGCAGAUGCAUUAGUAAUGGUAGAUACCAUAAAUAAUGUUUAUGGAGUACCUUUAGUUGCUGCAGUCAGAUUCUGUCGGAUCCUACUUUGCUAUGGAGGAAAAUCUGUUGCACGGAAAUUAAAUAAUUUAAAAAUUGUACAACGUAUUAUAUCAUAUAUCAGUUGUGAUGCGGGAAAAGGAAGUUUCAAUCUAAGCAUUGAAAGUUUGCGAUUAUGGAAAACAUUACUACUUAAUGAAGAAGCAGAGGAUAGUCUGACUGGAGCACAGUUAAUUCUUAUAUCACAGUUACAACUUUUAUUGGCUCAUCACGACCUUCAAAAUGCAUCUGAGUUAUCUUGUGAAUACGCAGCAGCUUUAAUAGCUGUUGCAAGUUGUCUGACACCUUUAAAAGUUAAUAUAUCAGUCUUACUGACUAAAUGGAGCACUCAGUUGUUAUCCUUAAAUAACAUAACGUGGGGUACUACAAAACUCAUUGCAGAAACGUUACUGGCAGUUAGCGAUAAUACAGCGACUAAAACAUUGAUUGUAUCUCGGUCAGAGGUAUUCUCUAAACUUUGCUCAACUUCAAAUUUAUUAAGUGAUUGCUCUCCAGCUACUGAACGUGUGCCUUCUUCCUUACCUUAUUUGGGUGUUUUGACUCAUGAUGGACAAUUACAACCUAUAGUAUCUCAACAAUCUUGUUUACCUUUUCUAGCAACUGUUUUGAAUGUAUUUGUUAAUCAUUCUUUUGAAGACGAAAUUUUGAGAAUUCUUAAUCUACCACAAUUACAUAAAUACUUAAAGAAAUUAGAUACAACAGUUUGGUGUUUAGAAAACUCUUGGUAUACCAGGUCAGAAUUAUUAUUUUUAGUUGGUAUAGUAAAUGCAACUUCUCUCGUUAAAAAUAGAUUGGAUAAUAAUACGAGUCAUACCAUAUGGAAAAUCGCUGUUAAACUUGUAUCAUCUUUACCUGCCGAUUUUUCAUCUGAUACAAAAAGUAUGCUCCGAGCUGUAUUAUCUGAACAGAAAUUAAAUUUAGAAAUAGCAACGAGCGAAUUUGAAAAGUUACAAUUAAAUUCAAACAUCGAAAAUAUGAAAGUAAAUUUAUUCCAUAAUGUAGCUAGUUUAUAUGAACAAUAUGUUGCAUCAAAUGGCGAAUGGAAUCAAGCAGCAAUGCCUAAAGACUGGCUUUACUUACCCAUAGUGCACGUUUACACAAAAUGUAGAAAUAGUGAUACAUGUGACGAUAACGAUAAAACUUCGAUCUUAACUGUAUUAAGUUUAGAAUUAGUAUUACCUGAUUUGGUUGAAAAAUUAUCACAAAGCUUACGAUUUAGCAGAUUGGUACUAGCAUAUUUGUGUGACACGUUGUAUUUAAACAACGAUGUUUCUAUUUUACUUACUAGAGCUGUUUCAACUUUAUUGAAAGAUAAUUAUAAGAAACUUAACUUUUCAGUAGAUUUACCAGGACUUCAUUCGUUUACUGAUUUAUUUACUGCCAUGUGCGAACAUUUUUGUUCAACUUCAUAUGGUGAUUAUGGCUUCUCAAUGGUUUUGUUAGUACCGAUUGCGCAAAGGCAUGAUGUCCAUUACAGAAAACUGUUAUGGUCAGAACACGCAGGUUUGCUUCGAUAUCUCAGAUUACCUGUGGAAAAAUUAGGUAUUCCGCUAAAGGAAUAUUUCUAUCCCCUCGAAGAAGAUACGUCUUUAAUAGAAAGUUACUUAACAGCGCUUGUUAGGGGAAUAGUUAAACAAGCUUGGUGUCCUAUUCCUUAUGCAAUAGCUGUACACCACUCUGCAAUGUAUUUAAAACAGUCGAACAAGAUGGCAGUACGAAUGAGAACACAGCUGGAAAAAAUACCUAACAAGGGUCUAGCUGCUCUGUUAUUAAAUUAUAAUCCGCCUACGUUAUAAAGUAAUUCAUAAAACCUUCAGAUUUUGAUAAAAGAGUAAAAUUAAUGAUAGUUUUAUAACUUGAAAUGUAUUACAACAGAACAUUAACAGAAAUCUAUAUUCUGUAAUUACAAUAUGAAUUUUAUUUUCACAUGUCUCUUUAUCCAAUAAGUUCUUUAACUUAAAGUAUCAAAUAAGUUGAGGAUUAAAUAAUUUAUUUCAGUCAGUAGUAAAACGUACAUGUAUUAAUUAGG